UGAUUGACUGACACACACCGUGCGAGUUCCUUUGAUAUGGAUCUUACUAUGGACUUACGUACGUUACAUUUUAUAUAGCCUAGUAGCCUUCCUAAUUGUUGCCUGCCCAAUUGAUUCAGUGCGCUUUUGCGUUUUGGCAAGAGACUGUAGCUGAGACAAAAGUCCGACUGAUUGGGUAAAACAAACAAUUAUGGGAAAUCAAGACGGUGAAUUCUGCUUCUUAAUUUGAGCAAAUAUUUAUUUUUGUCAUCACAGUGUGCUUUUCGUUUUUGUACGCCAUCCGACAAAAAUGAGCUGUUUUGGGCGGGGGCUGAGGCGGACGGCCCCUGCACGCGGCAGCAGCAGGAAUGAUCUGGUGACCCCCUCGACGGCAUCUCUCUCCAGGGUUAAUGGCUGGGCCUGUCCCCCUCACUCCUUCCAGCUGGUGGGAUGGACAAUAUACAGCUACAUGGCUGUAGUUGGCUUUGGGAUCUAUAUCCCACUACUACCUUCACCCUGGAGCCACAUGGCCUACUCUCUGACUGGCAUAGCCUUCAUUGUGCACCUGGUCACCCAUCUAGCUGCCGUGUCUAUAGACCCAGCAGAGGCAGGCGUCCGUGCCAAGAAGAGCUACUCCAACCCACUGCCUGUCUUUGACAAGAAGAAACAACCACAUGUUAUCCACAACCUGCACUGCUACCUGUGUAAAAUCAAUGUGGACCCAAAAGUGAAACACUGUGGUGUGUGCAACAAGUGUAUUGAAGACUUUGACCACCACUGUAAAUGGCUGAACAACUGUGUGGGGGGACAGAACUACUGGUACUUCUUUGUGACGGUGUUGUCUGCUACACUGGGCGUCCUUGUGCUUCUCAUGGUGGUCCUGUUCAUCUUCAUCCAGCAUUAUAUGGACCCUGCCAGUCUCCGCACCGCACCACAGUUUACCAGUGUGAUGAGUAACAGGACGUGGCUGGUCUUCCUGUCUGUAGGUGUGAUGAGUAACAGGACGUGGCUGGUCUUCCUGCCCCUGGUACCCAUGGAAACAGGGUCAGAGAGUCUCCUGGUUGUCGCCUUCCUCACGGUCAUGUUGGCUGCUGGCUCUCUACUGCUGCUGGUUCACCUACUGGGCUUCCACAUCUAUCUCUUGUUAAACAACAUGAGCACGUAUGACUACAUUAUAACAAGACGUCGGAAACAGGCCAGCCAGCAGGACAUAGAGAUGGGCUUUCCCCAGUCAUCUGACAGCAACGCAGGACAGAAUCAUCCGCAAAUGGAGCCCUCCAUCGAUUGUGAUGCGUUGUUGUCAGACAGUGUCAGCUGCAAGAAUCAGGAAACGGGAACUAUUGCAAGUCGACCUUCUGGAUCUUUCUGUUCUGAGGUCAGUUACCCUAACCAAAUUAAAGUUGGACAACUUUACUAAAUCAUCAGAAAAGGAAAAUGGCUUUUACUAUGGCACAGAGCUACCCACCCAGAUUAUACCAGGUGAGUAAACCCACCCAGAUUAUACCAGGUGAGUAUACCCGCCCAGAUUAUACCCGGUGAGUUUACCCGCCCAGAUUAUACCAGGUGAGUAUACCCGCCCAGAUUAUACCCGGUGAGUAUACCCGCCCAGAUUAUACCCGGUGAGUAUACCCGCCCAGAUUAUACCCAGUGAGUUUACCCGCCCAGAUUAUGCCAGGUGAGUAUACCCGCCCAGAUUUUGCCAGGGGAGUAUACCCGCCCAGAUUAUACCCGGUGAGUAUACCCGCCCAGAUUAUACCCAGUGAGUUUACCCGCCCAGAUUAUGCCAGGUGAGUAUACCCGCCCAGAUUUUGCCAGGGGAGUUUACCCGCCCAGAAUAUACCGGGGGAGUAUACCCACACAGAUUAUACCCGGGGAGUUUACCCACACAGAUUAUACCGGGGGAGUUUGAGCAGACAUUUUCAAUUCACCAUGAACUUUUUUAAACACCUACGCUGAAUUUAAGUCUCCGGGUCUUUCCUAUUUAGCAAGAGCUGUGUCCCAAAUGACACUCUGUUCCCUAUUUAGUUCACUACCUUUGACCAGCCCCCAGUGAAUAUGGGUCCUGGUCAAAAGUAGUGCACUGCAUAGGGAAUAUGGUGCAAUUUGGGACACAGCCCUAGGUGAUUAUCAGUGUAACUAAUUCCAAUCUGCUGGUUUUCCUCACUGACAUGUUUUAAAUGUUCU